UUGUCAAUUCUGCAGGCAGCGCGCAUGGCACAUCUAUCCCAGAUGGAGGAUGAAACACAGCCACGGCUGGUGCUGCACAUGCGUGGCGCAGUGUCAAUCUCAGCCUGAUCGCACUUCAGCUUCCUGCUCUCAACUGCAUGUCCAGAUGACAAGAGGAUGGAGCCGUUGAUUGCAGUGGGCCUCGCCAGCAAUGUCAUUCAAUUUGUUGAAUUUGGCUCGAAGCUCAUCUCCGAGGCCUGGCAUAUCAGAAAGCACGGCAGUCCAUCUUCCCUCUCCGAGCUUCACAAGAUUUCGCAAACCCUCGUGACCCAGGCCGACAUCAUCUAUAAGGGCCUCAAGGCCACGAAUGCAACGCUGGCAGAAGAGGAUCAGCACCUUGUCGACAUCGCGCUGGAGUGCAAGUUUGCGGGAGAGGAGUUCAUUUCUUACCUGGACACUCUCUUUAACGCCUCUUCUUCAACUAGGACGAACUCCAAACGCUCCCUGAGCGCCUUCAGGGCUAGCUUGCGACAUUCCUUCAAUAAACACAAGAUAGAGGCGUUCGUUACGAAACUCUAUGAGCUUCGAAGCACAUUGCUCCUUGCGUUAAACCUCGGUCUGCGGCAAGAUGCGAAGAGUAAUCUUACCGAAGUCUUCGAAUAUAUAAGAGAGCUAGGGACCAAUAAGCAGCCAAUGCUUGCUCCGGAAGGGCUAACGCCACUGUCCGACUUUGAUGGCUCGGAUAGACGGACGGAUCUUACAGUGGACCACGUACGGGCACAAAUCGAUGAAUUUCUUACAAAGAUCGAGGCGCUGCGUGAGCAGUUGCCGCAGGCAUGCACCCGCGAGACGCAGAUUUUGAACUGGCUGGACUUUCGCCAGCUAACCUGGAGAUAUGACGAAAUCACCCCGGCGUACAGGGACACUUACAGCUGGCUGUUUGAGAAGCCUGCGAAUGAAAUCUGUUGGGAUGAUUUUACCGUAUAUCUUUCGACAGAUCACGCGAAUCCUUAUUUCGUCAAUGGGAAGGCUGGUAGCGGCAAGUCUACACUGAUGAAAUUCGUUGUUAAACAUAAGAAGACUGCGGAGCUUCUGGCGCUUUGGGCAGGCGAAGACUGCUCGCUCGUCGUCCUGCACUGCUUCUUCUGGAACUUGGGGACCAAACUACAGAAAAGUGCAGUUGGCAUGCUCCGGGGACUUCUCUACGAUGCACUACAACGAUAUCCUGAUCAUAUCCCCGCUGUCUUCCCGCGUCUCUGCUGGAACAUGGAUGCCACCCAGUUAGCAGAAGAGCCCAGCUACGUCGAAGCCAUGGAAGCGUUCAACAUAUUCGUCGAAAAAACAAUUGGCAAACUGAAGAUCUGCAUCUUCAUUGACGGCUUAGACGAAUAUGAGGGCGACGAACAUCAGAUUAGGGAGAUAGGGCAGUGGCUCAGGUCUCUCACCAGGCUUAACCAACAUGUGAAGGUGGUCGUUUCAAGUCGGCCUAUCACAGCCUCUAUCAACACCUUUCAUGGUUGUCCUACUCUGCAGCUCCAAGAUCUCACCAGGAAGGACAUGAAACAAUUCAUUGAAGGACAUCUGGAUGGACAUCGCUAUAUGCGUGCUUUGACAACCCAACAUCCACAGCAAGCCCAAGCUCUACGAACAGAACUUCAAGAAAAAGCGCAAGGGGUAUUCCUCUGGGUAAAGGUUGUCGUUCGACUCCUCAUGACGGGACUGGAAGAGGGUGAUGGAAUCGAGGACCUUACGAUCAAACUACGAUCGUUACCCCCUGAUCUUCGACAACUGUACAAGCGCAUGUUUUCGAAGAUGGUGCCGGAGCAUCGGGCGGAGGCUUCCCAGAUAUUCCAGCUAUUUCGGGCUUGGCGAGCUGUUAAGUCGGAUCCGUUCACGACCACUGUGCUGAUCUUCGCUUUGGACGCACCCUCAGAGGUAUUCUCGCUGUCUAAUGAGCCACUAGAUGAUGAAAAAUGGACCUAUUUGUAUUCCAAGACGGAGGCACGCAUCAGGAGCCGGUGUUGCGGUCUUUUAGAGCUCUACCGCAACCCUUGGAACUGGGGAAACUCUCUGCUAAAAUCACCCUGGGCACCUCCGUUCCGACAGCGUAAAACUGAAGCACGCCCAUGUUUUCUUGACUAUCGUACGUACACUCCAAUUGAACCAGGCCCUAAAUUAACAAAUAUUCUAGUCCACCGCACUGUUGGCGAGUUCCUCGCUUGCUCCGACAUACAUACUGAGUUGGUUCAAUUGACCAAUUCCUGUGGCUUCAAUCCGUACAUGAACCUCGCAUCUGCGUGCCUGUCUAUCAUCAAAACCGAAUGGGACUGUCUUGCGGCAUUUCCCACUUUGAUGGCCAUUCUUCGACAGAUGCCGGACAUGCCUUCCGAGACACUGAAGCGAUACUUGGAAGACCUCGACGCCGCGAUGGAUCGAUAUGAACCAGUGACCUUCUCUAAGCCAAUCGGGAAGGUGCAUUGGUCUGCCGGUAUUGAUUCCUAUCAAUUCAUGGCUGUAACUGAGAGGGAAAUGCGUCUAGCUGCGAGUCUACCCACUGUUGCGGCUCGCGAAGGGUUGUUUCCUUACCUUAAGGAGUUUUAUACCCUUCCUCUCGGUCCAUCUACCCUUAAGGAGGCGGCCCCAAUACUCUAUGCGCUGGAAAGCUGGUCGGGAAUUAUUGUCUCGCAGCCUGGAUGUCGAAAGAUUCGCUAUGUCCCUUUAGAUUGUCGUCGGGCCACGCUUGAAUUUCUGCUCCAACAAUGGCUAGGGCAAGGUGGCCUCCAGCUCCGAUGCAUUACUGUUGCGUUCAACGAGACGCUGAGGUAUCUUUACGAGCGGGGGGCCGAGGACCGGACGAUCCCAAGAAUUAUGAGAGGCCGGAAGGAGGCCCUUAUCUUUGCAGGGGUCAUCUUCACCACAGCACGAAUGCCUGAAUUAAUCUUCGAUGACGUGUUCAGGGAAGUGUUUUUCGGCGAAAUUUGGGAGGACAGUGUUCACGAGUCGCUGUUUCUCGAUAGCAUAGCGACUGCCUUGGAGCGUUGUCCUGAAAAAGAUUACAAACUGUUGGCGGCCAAAAUGCGCCCUUUGACAAGAAAAAUACAAACUCUCAGCCGUAUCCAGACUCGGAUUAUACAGAUUCUAGGGGACCACAACAUGUUGAUCAAGGACAUCGUGCAAUACAUUGACGCAAAGCACCAGACAAUACUGGAGGCCCUCCACACCCUUUCUCACCUGAAGCAACACGCCAACAUUUCGACCGCGCCAGACUUAGGUCAGCAUGAAUCGACCCUGACUAAGGCACUAGCAGAUAUGGAGGCCGAAAAAUGUGUUACCAGACGCUUUAUCCCGCAUGAGGGCGGCAAGAUGCACCUAGACAUCAGAGCAGAGUCAGAAGAGCGGUUGCUACAAAUCGAAGCCGAUCUUAAGGAACAUAAGAGGCCGAAGUGGUCUGGUUGGAACGCGGGUUGCCCAGCGGAACGCUUAGUGAAGAGAAAGAUUGAUCAGUUGAAAUCAGAGUUGGACCAUUUCACAAGAAUCAAGAUUGAAUUGCUGAACAAGGAGCAAACUUUAGACGCACACACGGAUUGGAUAGUUAUCUAAUUUCGAACGGGAUUCACGAAAGUUCCCCACGUUACUCGGUAAUUCGGGAAAUCGUCGUCGUUCCAACACACGUCCUCCUCUUCCGACAGCGUCGCUAUAACCCCUCUGUUCCUCCACGGCCGGGGGAUACAGGAAG